CUCCUCAUUCCGCUUUGGCCGGGGUUCACAGAGGCCAGGUCCAGCUCUGCAGCGUUUAGACCCUUGCUUAGAAAACGGCUCGCUAGCAACGCUGGGCGGACGCUGUUGACCUUGGCGGGCCACGCUUUACCGACAGAUGCUGUACUCAAUGCUAAGACUCCCGGCCUUGAAAUACAAACAGACGCGAGGAAAGGGCAGAGGCUGCCUCCCUCCCUGCCCCCUUCCAGGAGACCACGUCAGCCGGCUGCCUGGCGACGGCUGGGAACCUGCUCUGGGGCCCGGGGCUGGGCCCGCCCACCGCGCGGGGAGGGCGAGGCCCGAGUCCCGGAGCAGAUCCCCGGCGCCCCCCGCCGUCUCCCACUCGGGCCGCGGCCGGGGGGGCUGGGCUGGGGGCGCGGAGAGCGCAGGCGCAGUGUCGGCCCGCGGCGCCCCGCCUGCGGCCUCUGCGGCCCGGGCCGCGCUCAUCCCCCUGGACGCUGCGUCGGGGCGCGCAGCAGCCGGCCGGAGCCCCGCGCCUUCCUCGCCGCCGCACGCAGGGAUCACUCCUGGCCUGGUUUGGGGGACUGACUAUAUGUGGUACCAGGAUUAAACCCAGGUUGUGUACCUAUUUCAAGGAUGCUUUAAUAGAAAUAUUACAGAAGAAGAAAUGGUGCCAGAAGUGAUCCUUAAGCACAGAGCCAAAGAACUGAUUAUCUGAAGAAAUGAAUACGUCUCCUGCCAAAAAAUAUCCAGUUAAAAAACGAGUGAAAAUACAUCCCAACACAGUGAUGGUGAAAUAUACUUCUCAUUACCCCCAACCUGGGGAUGAUCGAUAUGAAGAAAUCAAUGAAGAUUAUGGAAAUUUUAUGGAGGAAAAUCCAAAGAAAAGCUUGCUAAGUGAAAUGAAAAGAAAGGGAAGAACUCUCUUUGGAACUAUGAAUACCCGACCUCUACCAACUGAAGACCCAAUGACAACAGAGAUUGGAAAAUUCCAGAGUUUUGCAGAAAAAAAUAUUUUUCAGUCAAGAAAGACAUGGAUCGUGCUAUUUGGUUCUGCUUUGGCUCACGGAUGUGUAGCUCUUAUCACUAGGCUUGUUUCUGAUCGUUCUAAAGUCCCAUCUCUAGAAUUGAUUUUCAUCCGUUCUGUUUUGCAGAUCUUAUCAGUGUUGGUUGUGUGUUACUAUCAGGAGCCCCCAUUUGGACCAAGUGGAUACAGAUUACGACUCUUCUUUUAUGGUGUGUGCAAUGUCAUUUCUAUUACCUGUGCUUAUACAUCAUUUUCAAUAGUUCCUCCUAGCAACGGAACCACUAUGUGGAGAGCCACAACAACAGUUUUCAGUGCUAUUUUGGCAUUUUUACUUGUAGAUGAGAAAAUGGCUUAUGUUGACAUAGCUACAGUUGUCUGUAGCAUCUUAGGUGUUUGUCUUGUCAUGAUCCCCAAUAUCGUUGAUGAAGACAAUUCUUUGUUAAAUGCCUGGAAAGAAGCCUUUGGAUACACUAUGACUGUGAUGGCUGGACUGACCACUGCCCUUUCUAUGAUAGUGUACAGAUCCAUCAAGGAGAAAAUUAGCAUGUGGACUGCACUUUUUACCUUUGGUUGGACUGGGACAGUCUGGGGACUAUCUACUAUGUUUGUUCUUCAAGAGCCAAUCAUCCCAUUAGAUGGAGAAACCUGGAGUUAUCUCAUUGCUAUUUGUGUUUGUUCUACUGCAGCAUUCUUAGGAGUUUAUUAUGCCUUAGACAAAUUCCAUCCAGCUUUGGUCAGCACAGUACAACAUCUGGAGAUUGUGGUAGCUAUGAUUCUGCAGCUUCUAGUCUUACACAUAUUUCCCAGUGUUUAUGAUGUCUUUGGAGGGGUAAUAAUUAUGACUAGUGUUUUUGUUCUUGCUGGCUAUAAACUUUACUGGAGGAAUUUAAGAAGGAGGGAAGAUUACCAGGAAAUUCUAGAUUCUCCCAUAAAAUGAAUACCUACUUAGUAUUAUCUGUUAAUAACCAAUUAAUAGGUACACUGCCAUUUUAAUGUUGAUGUUUUCUGUGUUGUUUAAUUGAGAGUUCUAUAUAACAAUAUAUGCAGAUGUAGACAAAUUUAUUCUAGUCUAAUAUAUUAAAAACAUAUUAAAAUGAGA